AUAAUAUUUGAUAAAAAUUUUUAUAGAAAAAUUAAUAAUAAAAAUAAAAAAUAUAAAAAAUUUAUAAUUAAAACAAGAAAUAGAAAUAUAUUAUUAACUAAAUAUUUAUUAAAUUCAAUAUUAAAAGUAUAUAACGGUAAAAGUUAUAUACCUAUUAUUGUAAAUUAUAAUAAAUUAAAUUAUAAAUUAAAAAAUUUUAUAUAUACAAUAAAUAAGCGUAAAUUUUUUAAAAAUAAAUUUAUUAAAAAAUGUCAAAAGUAA